AGACGGUGUCCGGUGCAGCCUGACUAAGUUCCGGGCGGUCAGACGCGAGACAAUGUUAUAAGUAGCAGAACUCGGCGUAUAGUGUCUGCCACAGCAUGGGCACAAUGGGGCGUCUUUUGCUACUGAUGGUGAUGGUCACCGCUACCUGUAUUACGCCAGGUUCUUCGCAAAGCCUGUCUGUUUCCUUCAAAGCCCCUCGGAGAAUUGCAAUGGGCCACCUUCUGGUGCUCGAUUGUCGACCCAGAGUUAGAGACAAUGAUUUUGGGAGCAUCUCGGCCUAUGUUUUCUCUAUUCAAACGGUCAACGACGAAAGGGCGAGGCCGUUGUUGGGAAUCACGCUAAACAGAAACGGUGGACAACUUUUAACAUGGGGCAACCAGUCACUACGACUGCGAUCUGAGGUUGAAUCUCACCUUGGGCUUGCAAAUGUAUCCUUUGCGCAGAUCCGGAUUUCAGAGGCAAAUUGUGUAGAUAGUGCGGAAUAUACAUGUGUAAUGGAAUUCGACAAAACAACGUUAGGAACCUCUAGAAAAGUUACCGUAUUCCGGAAUCCUUCUGGAGUGUUUCCUAUAACAGCGACAUCGGUCCAGAGAGAGGAAAUGACAAAUGACAACCUAGGAAUCAUUUCAACCGCCCUCCGAAAUGCUGGAUCCUCCCAUAAUUCAGUUCUGCGAAUCGGGUCUGUUGCAAUAUUCAACUGCACGGCAAAAGAAUCGUUGCCUCCUCCAACAAUUCGUUGGUGCAUGCGUGGACCAUCAGAGGACACUUUCAGAAACUUUGCCUUUGCGUCUGUUCAGCGCCUGGAAAUGGUCAACUCGUCGAUCCCCGAAGAGUCCUGUUUCUUCGCGACGACAAGCCUCCUUCCGUUUGUGAUAACGUCUGCUGACAAUGGUACACAACUAACUUGUUCCACAGACACGGCGGACUGCGAAUCUUCACCCAGAUCCAACAUGGAAUCUAUUUUCACCAUUAUAGUGUCAGAUGCGGAUGAAUCAGUCGGUGAACCAAGCAACGAGGAUGACAUAGAAGUGAUACAGACUGAUUCACAGUCGUCAGCAGCGGGUACAACAGCGCUGGUGACUUCCGGGGUGGUUCUUCUGAUCAUUGGGAUCAGCGCCAUGGCGUUAGCUAGCAUGGCCUUUAUCAAAGCAAGGAAAAUCAAAACAGAAUACGAAACGUUAAAGGAAAGGGAGCGCUACCAGACACUGAGUGACGUGUCGGCGGGCUCAACUCCGGUCAGUUACGAGGUUCUGGACCGCCAGCCUUCUUACGAAUACACACAGAACUACGUCAACUCUGAAUACAGAGUGUACUCCGACGUAGGGGAGCCAAGAACAUGACGCUCUCUCAGUGGACAGCGUAAAAGAUGUCUUUUUUUGUUGUAUUACGCAUCUAUUUUUGUGAAUGAUAAUGCAAAUAAAUAUAUUUUUACCGCUUU